AUGGGGGCUGGUUCCCUGGACUCUGUGGUGUGGUGGACUCAGCAGGGUUGGGGGACGGCUCUCCUGGCCCGGACAGCCGCAGCUGGACACAGAGUUCCUGUCCGGACGGAGCGCGUCAUUUCCCCGCUGCCCUCACUGGCUGCUUUCCCGAUUCUCCUCCCACCCACCCAUCCUCCAUCCAGUGAGAGAGUGGAGCAGCAGAGCUCAGAGGUUCCCAGUGCUCAGUCUGCCCAGCAGCAUCAGACACAGCUGGACUCCAUCUUCAUGCUGCUGGAGGACAACAUGCUGACUUUUGUGAAGGAGGAGCUGAAGAAGAUCCAGAAGGCUCUGAGUCCAGAUGACCCACCAGGCUCAGAGAGUCAGAGGGAGGAUGAGGAUGCAGAGCAGAGGAGCAACAGAGAGGCAUUAGUGAAGAUCACAGUGCACUUCCUGAGGAGAAUGAAGCAGGAGGAGCUGGCUGAGCGUCUGAGGAGCAAGAAGGCUCUUCUGAGGCUGCUGCCAGUGGUCAAAGCCUCAAAGAAAGCUCUACUCAGGAGCUGUAACCUCUCAGAGAGAAGCUGUGGAGCUCUGUCCUCAGUUCUAAGCUCCCAGUCCUCCACUCUGACACAUCUGGAUCUGAGUAACAACCAGCUGAGGGAUUCAGGAGGGAAACAUCUUUCUGCUGGACUGGAAAGUCCAAACUGCAAACUGGACACUCUGAGACUGGAAGGCUGCAGUUUGUCAGAGAGCAGCUGUUCUUCUGUGGUCUCAGCUCUGAAGUCCAACCCCUCCCAUCUGACAGAACUGGACCUGAGCCUGAACCCCAUCUCUGAGUGUGUGAUGAAGGAGCUGAGCAGCUUUCUGCAGAGUCCACUCUGUGGACUGAAGACUCUGAGAUUGAGGGGCUGUGAACUGGACCUGCGUUCCAACAACCUGAAGCGGUCAGAUGUUCAGCAGCUGUUGGAUCUGCAGCAGUGUCCACACAACAAACUGCAGACUCUGAGAUGGUGGUCGUGA